UUACUUUGCUAUCACCUAAUGCUCCAUUGUCUCAAGUGUUUAAACCAUAAAAUCUAAGGCAGAAGGCACUUAGCAGUUAGGUUAUUUUCGUCUUACAGGGUCGAUAUGUAUAUAGAAGGUAGGGCAGGUUUGAGUGAAAAGCUUCUUCAUUACUCAUCGCAUACACCUGAGGAAAAAGAAACAAAGCUUGACCUGAUCAAAGGGGGAACAACAAGCCAUUAUUUUCCUGCCUUUGAAACUGUGUUGAAGAGCCAUGGACAAGAGUACCUCACUGGCAACAAGCUGAGCCGGGCUGAUAUUGACCUGAUGGCACUUCUCUACCAUGUGGAAGAACUUGACUCCAGUCUCACCUCCAGCUUCCCUCUGCUGAAGGCUGUGCUUUGUGCAUUGCGGGCCCUGAAAACCAGAAUCAGCAAACUCCCCACAGUGAAGAAGUUUUUGCAGCCUGGCAGCCUGAGGAAGUUUCCCGUAGAUGCAAAAGGCUUAGAAGCAGCAAAGAAGAUUUUCAAGGUUUGA